AGCGAGCCCUCUCUGCGGCGCAAGCCAGUUUUGCCGCUCAAGGCAGUUCCUUCUCUCUCUGUUCCUCAUUUCUGCUGCUCUGAUUCCAUUCUUGCUAUCUCUAGAGACAGAAAGAGAGAACAGAAGUACGAAAGGCAGGUAGUGAUGGCGUCAAACUACGUGGACACUGCAGGUGAGGAGGGCAGGUUCCACGGCCACCACCACCACAGCAGCGGCACGACGCCGACCGGCGCGGCAGCGUCCCCGAAGAUGCGGAGGAGCUGGUCGUCCGCCGCCUCGGCCUCGUCCGGUGGCGGCGGCCACGGGUCGGCGCCCAAGUGCGUCUGCGCUCCGGCGACGCACGCCGGCUCGUUCAAGUGCCGGCUCCACCGCAACAGCUCGCACGGCCACGGCCACCCGUCGUCCUCUCCCACCGCCACCGCGCCGGCGGCGGCCGUGCAGUCCUCGUCCUCCCGCACCGUCGCGGCGCAGUGACGCAGCAACGAUCUCUCGGACCAAGAAACGCCCAACAACAAGAGGAGAAGAGAAGAGAAAAAGGGAAAAGAACAUAAUCAAACCCAAAGAACAUUUGUGUCAUAAGAAAGGGAGAUUAUUUGUUCCUCCCUUGAUGUCUGAUGAUGGAAUUGGGAAAAAAAACUCCCUUUUCUGCUUCUUUUUCCCGUCCUUUUGUUUUGGGAUCUUUAUUGAAUGAUCAUCUUUCCUCAUCAGAAGAAAUUCUAUCUCUUCGACUUCCACAGUUCUACAAGGAAUCCUGCAAUGCCUGCUUUUCCUCCAACCUCUCUACUUAUAUCAGAAGAAACUGGAAGCAUUUGUCCUAUUAUUAGAGUAUGCGGACAGUGUGGAUGUGGUGCUCUACUAUGUAAUUACCAUUCCAGAAAAAUACAUCCGUGUUGCAACUUGCAAGCGGUGAUGUCUUGAUGGAUUGAUUUUUUUUUUUCGCCAGAAAAGGACGUUAGACGAGCCACAAUCAGAUUUGCUGAUACAAAUGAACCACUACGGGCUCCCUUGUAACAGGAAAAACACUGGAUAAAGAUGUCAGUGUAUUGAAUCGUGCA